CUACAUAUGUACGAUGUUAGUUUGUUUGUUUUGAAAGCAUUCACGCGCCUCAUAAUUCCUCUUGGACCGACUAGUUAUUGUUUUGAUUUGAUUGAAAACGUCGAACAUUAUCUGAGGAUGUCUGCUAAGCGUGGAGUGGAGUUUUUAAAAUCUGUUGCAGAAUAUUAUGGAAAGGCUGGAGGUCAUGAUAGUCUUACCAAUGUGUUCAAAGUAACUGGCGGCGGAGAUGGCCGGUGUAUUGGCGAAUUUCUUGUUGCAAAGUCCCAUUUAAAUGCCGCUGGUACCUUACAUGGCGGCUUCAUUGCCACAAUAGUCGACCAUGUUACAAGCUAUGCCUUGAUGUCGACCGAUUCUCAUCCGGGGACCAGUGUCGAUCUACGUGUUAGCUAUAUGUCACCUGCCAAAGAAUCUGAUGAUGUAAUUGUCGACGCUACUACUCUAAAAGUUGGCAAAUCUCUGGCCUUUAUUGACUGUGUUCUGAGAAAGAAAUCGGAUGGUACAAUUAUAGCCAAGGGUGGACAAACAAAGUAUGUUAAUUUUAAAAAGUAAAAAAAAACUUUGUAUGAAACUGUCGUUAAUUGUUUUUAUUUUUUUUUGUGUAUAAUUGUUUUAACGUAUUUUUAAAAUUUAACAUAAUCAUAGAAUAAAAAGAGAAAUUUAUCUUACUUUGA